AUGGCUGGACUUGACAGUGUUAGCAUUAGUAAUUUCCAGGCACUUGUCUUCAAUGUCGAAACCCCUAGCCAGGAAACCGCCCUCCAACUGUUUAAUGUCUUAUGUGAAAAGCACAACCCCAGAGAUGGCGAUGAAAAAUCCCGACAUCAGUUUUGCUGCGCGGCGAGAGAAUGGCUCACACUUUCCAUGAAACACAAAUUCAGGCAACUCAGCAAAGCGAUCGUCCAAAUCCAUGGGAUGGAAGGAUUAUCAUUUCGGGACGCCAUCAUCAACGCAGCUAUUGUUGGCUGGGAUGAUCUUUUCCAAGAAUGGCUUAAACGCGAGAAAACCCUUCUUCGCGACGAUGGCCAGCGCUACCAGUUUGCGCAAUAUCUUGCCAGGUCGCUACAUUGCAGCCCGCCUUUGAACAUCUCCCAAAUUGAAAUAGUGUUGAGAGAGAUUCGAACCAAUUCCAAGGGGCUACGAUGCGAUCGCAUGUUGGCGGUCCGUAACAGCAUCAUCCAAGAGAUCCAGGCAACAAGGGAAAAGAAUGAAAGUGCUAGCAUCACAGACUUGGUGAGAGCCCUCAUGGAUGUAAGAGUUAUCCUUCCUUCAAAUUGA